UUUCACUGUUAUGUGGGUUAUUUUUGCUUUGUUUUUUGUCAGUUUUUGAAGCCUAAUGAAGAGAAGGACGUUGAUUAUCCUGACCUGGCUAAGGAAGCAGGCCAGAAGGCUUUAGCUGAUGCUGGCAUUCCUUAUUCAGCAGUGGAGCAGGCCUGUGUGGGUUAUGUUUACGGUGACUCAACCUGCGGACAGCGGGCCAUCUAUCACAGUUUGGGUUUAACUGGCAUUCCUAUCAUUAAUGUUAACAACAACUGUGCUACUGGAUCUACUGCUUUGUUCAUGGCCAGGCAGCUGGUAGAAGGAGGUUUGGCAGAUUGUGUUCUGGCACUUGGCUUUGAAAAGAUGGCAAAGGGGUCCAUUUCUUCAGUGUUUUCAGACAGAACUAAUCCAAUUGACAAACACGUGGAAUUAAUGAUAAAUAAAUAUGGCUUAGCCAGCGCUCCAAUAACACCUCAGAUGUUUGCAAGCGCUGGCAAAGAACAUAUGGAGAAGUAUGGGACAAAACCGGAAUACUUUGCAAAAAUUGCAUGGAAGAAUCAUAGCCAUUCAACUAACAAUCCGUAUUCCCAGUUCCAAAAGGAGUAUACGUUAGAUGAAAUUCUGCAUUCUCGCAAAAUUUUUGAUUUCUUGACUGUCUUACAGUGUUGCCCAACAUCAAAUGGUGCUGCAGCUGCAGUUUUGGCUAGUGAGGAGUUUGUGAAAAGGCACAAGUUGCAGCCUAAAGCUGUGGAAAUUCUAGCACAGGUGAUGACUACUGAUUAUCCGAGCACGUUUGAAGAGAACAGUUGUCUGAAGAUGGUUGGCUAUGAUAUGACUAAAAAAGCUGCUAAAAAAUGCUUUGAAAAAGCAGGCUUAAAGCCUACAGAUGUUGAUGUGAUUGAACUCCAUGAUUGUUUCUCAGUUAAUGAGUUCAUUACCUAUGAAGCCCUGGGACUCUGUCCAGAAGGAAGAGCAUGUGACCUGAUUGACAGAGGAGACAAUACUUAUGGAGGAAAGUGGGUUAUUAAUCCUAGUGGUGGCUUGAUCUCAAAGGGACAUCCACUUGGUGCUACAGGCCUGGCACAGUGCGCCGAACUCUGCUGGCAGCUGCGCGGCCUGGCCGGGAGGAGGCAGGUCGGCGGGGCGAAGGGCGCGCUGGCGCACAACCCGGGCCUGGGCGCGGCAGGACUGUCCGGAACCGCUCGCUUUCCGGCCCUGUCUCUUCCGAGCGGAAGAGAAUGCGGGGCCGAGACGAGCCGAGUCGCAGUAAAGCGCCGUGAAAGCCGCGGUGCGCCCUUACGCUUCAGAAUAGCGCAGGAGAGCGCCAACUGCGGAGGGCAAACAUAUAAUGAAUGGGAUUUUCAUUCCAGUGACCAUCAUAUUGUGGCUAUGCCUCUCAGCGCAGCUGUUGAUGGAUUUAAGUCACAUUUGGUCUUCAAGGAGAUUGAAAAGAAGCUCGAAGAGGAAGGAGAACACUUUGUAAAGAAAAUAGGUGGUGUCUUUGCCUUCAAAAUAAAAGAUGGUCCGGAUGGGAAAGAAGCAACUUGGAUAGUAGAUGUGAAAAAUGGAAAAGGCUCUGUGGCUGUUAAUUCAGAUAAGAAGGCUGAUUGCACAAUUACAAUGGCUGAUGCUGAUCUGUUAGCUCUGAUGACUGGCAAAAUGAAUCCUCAGACAGCUUUCUUUCAAGGCAAAUUGAAGGUUUCUGGGAACAUGGGCAUGGCAAUGAAACUUCAGAAUCUACAGCUUCAGCCAGGCAAAGCUAAACUUUGAGAUCAUUAGGCUAAACAGUCAGUUCUUAGUAUUUUUGACAAAAAAUUAGAAUGAAACUAGACAUUGGCAAUAAUAUGGCACAGGUUGGACUUAAUUGGACCUAUCUCACCCAAAUGCUGUGGUUAAGAGACCUGAAUACUCUUACUGAAUUCCAUCAAUUUAUGGCAAAGAUUUUUAAGCUAAGCUUGAGACACUAACUCUUACAAAUGAUAUAUGGUGGGUAUUAUGUUAAAAAAAAAAAUCUGUUUUAACCAAUAUGAAAUUUUUAUAAAACUUAGACAAGAUGAAUUAAGCUGCUUACUGUUUUUCAGGUUAGUUGGGAACACAGUGGGGAAUGUUAUAAGUAGUUUGACGUACAGAUUAAAUGAGUUGCAUUUUUUUAAAAACCUGUAAUAGCAGGUCACGGCCUUCAGACAUCCAUUCUAACAAAUUUGCUGCUGCUUAAAUUAAAAUGAUCUUAUCAGUGGGAUUGCUAACAAUGUUUUUUUUUUAAAAAAAAAAAAAAAGGUUUUAGGGAAUUUGCUAUAAAAUACUUUUCUUAUUACCAUUUUGGAAUUAAAAAAUAAAUGAAAGUAUCCAAAAGUAAGUCAGAACUAGAACAUUGCUUUGAAGUAUACAGGAUUUAAUAAUACUUUACCUUGAAGAAACUUGAGGUUCCCCAGGAGAGCAGGAAGGGAGACUAACCAACACUUAUCUGUUUUCUCCUAAGCAGUUCUGGAGUUGAUCAUUAGGAAAUUCUUAUCAGUAAUGUAAAAACUUCUGCUUUGGGAAAAUGUAUUCUGGUUGGAUGUUCAAUAGAUAAUUAAAUAUACUUUUCCUGUUC